UAAAACCCUAGGUAUUGAGGCCGGUCUGAUCUGGGCCGUGUUGGUAUAUAAUUUAUCUUGAAUACCCCGAUUUUGCUCUGCUACUCAUAUCACUUGCUUUCUCUGAUGAGGUACUGGGUCCUACCAGGCCUGCUCUCCACAUGAUUCCCCAAAAGGCAGUCUUGCAGUGGAAAGAAUGACUGCUCAGCCUCAGGUAUGUUUUGACGGAUCUCAUGUCAGAAACAAUCCAGCUCUGGGCGCUUACUGGGCGUUACCUAUUUCAAUAACCCGCAAGGAAUAUUGAUGGGAGAAGAGAGGUCUAAUGAGGCACCGAAGACAUGAGUGGAGGAUAUGCAGACAAAACAGAUGCCGUCUCGGAGGAGAAAUUCACCCGAGACCGUCGGCGAGCCACUGGGUCUGUGAAGAAGGGCUCCAAACAAGAGCUCCAUCAACCCCUUCAAGAGUCGUUUUUCUAUCUCAUGCACCCUUCGUCAAACAUCUAACACUACUUCAUCGUCGUCUACUAUUUCAGCGCGGAAGAAGAUGGCCUACACAAUGACGGUCCCCGAUAAAUAUGGCUACGUUGUUCUCAUCGCACUUGGAUUGUCACCGAUUCUCGCGUUCGCCCAGGGCAACGUUGUCACAAGUCUGCGAAAACCGGCUGGUGUCCCAUAUCCCAAUCCAUAUGCCACCCCACAACAGGCGAAGGAAAAGCCGGCAGCGUACAAAUUCAACUGCGCCCAACGAGCCCAUGCCAAUCUCUUGGAAAACAUGCCUCAGACCAUGAUGUACAUGCUUUUUGCAGGCUUGAAGUACCCCGUGGCGACGGCGGUACUCGGAGCGGGCUGGCUACUUUUCAGAAUCGUGUAUGCGUACGGAUACAUUCAGGGCCAGAAGGAGAAUGGAAGUGGAAGGAUGUAUGGUGGUGCUUGCUGGCUGAUGCAGGCCGGGCUAUGGGCUUUGUGUAUUCCUACUGCUCUCAAGAUGCUGUGAAGCAACCCGCAAGUAGCAGGUUCAUCGAUGGCGUACUACUCGUAGAAGGUCGACAAAUGCAUGUAAACCAGAUUUGGCCGCAGCGAGCUCCCCAGUUGUUUUCGAUAUUGGCCCCGAGUCAUGUAAUCUUUCGCCGCACCCACACCACAAAAAAUUCAC